AUGGCAGCCUCUGAGAAAUCAGGACUCCCAACCGACGCACCGCCGUCAUACGAUGCCCUGGGCGUACCUUCUUCCAAAGAAACCCACGCACCAGGCCGGCCCAACGCAAAUGCGAAUGCGCCACCCCGCCAACUACGACCACCCCCACCACCGCUGGACCUCCCAGCGCUCAACCUGCUGCGCGGCAAACGCGUGAUCCUGGCAUCGGCCUCCCCACGACGGAAAGCGCUCCUCGCACAAAUCGGCCUGACGAACGUGGAGAUCAUCCCGUCGAAAUUCGAGGAAAACCUGUCGAAAUCGCUGUCGCCGUUUGAGUACGUGCUGGCGACGGCGACGCAGAAGGCGCUCUCCGUGUACCAGGCCGAGAUUGACAAUGCCGAGGCAAUGGAGGAGCCCGGCCUGAUCCUCGCUGCUGAUACCGUGGUCGUGAAUUCCAGGGGCGAUAUCUUGGAGAAGCCCCGCAGCGAGGCGCAUCAUAUUGCCAUGUUGAAGGGGUUGAGGGAUUCAGGGGUGCAUCGCGUCUAUACCGCUGUGGUGGUUGUCACGCCCCUGCAGAGCGCGCGCGACCCCGGGUAUGCGCUGGAGUCGGCGACGGAGGAGACGCUCGUCAAGUUUGACGCUGAGAUUACGGAUGAGUUACUACUGGCGUAUGUGCGGACCAGGGAGGGCGCGGAUAAGGCCGGUGGGUAUGGAAUCCAGGGUACUGGAGCGAUCUUGGUGGAGAGGAUAGAAGGGAGUUUCGAUAAUGUGGUUGGGUUACCACUGAGAAUGACGUUGAAAUUGAUUGGCAGUGUUCUUGCCAGGUCGGACGAUGAUGAUAUUCUCCCUGAUGACGACUUCUUGGACGCGGAGGACGACUAG